AUGGUGAAAUGGCAUCAGCUGUUUGCACGCGCGACCGAGAGGGACUCUCCGCAUCUUCGCGAGGAGAUGCGACGAUUGCUUCCGACUUCCAAUCAUGAUUUCCCUCCAUCUGCGUUCCCUGCCAAGGAAGUGACCAAAGUCGCCCUACGUCUCAAAUACCAGAUCGAAGAGGUGAUCCCAAUUGAGAUCGCAGAAGACAAGGUCACCGCCGCCAACAGCCCGAUCAUUACCCCCAAAGUGGUCGCAACAGCCAAACAGGCAGGCGGCGAGGACUAUGCCGCGUGUGUGGUCUAUUGCCUGCUGGUCUGUAAGCGCUGGUUUGUCCGACAGGCCAAUCUGGAGCUCUGGGAUGCCGACUUACAUCAUGUACGGGCUGUGGCCUGUGAAAUCCUCGCCAAGCGCAUCAUUGAGGGCGAAGAGGACCAGGAAUUCCUGUUGCAAGACGUGCUUUUGAAGAGAUACUCGGUGCUGCGCAAGGACGAGGUAACCCAGCCUGCCAAUGCGAUCGAGAGAGCCGUCGACCUACACUGCUUGACCGUCAUCGGUUCUUCCGGAUACCAGAAAUGCAUCAAGUAUCUGUGGCGCGGCUGGAUCCAUCAAGACGACAAAGAUCCGAGCAACUAUGUCUUCUACGCGCAACGCGACAACACCAACUACUGGGCCCAUCUCGACCCUGACCGGAUGCGGGCGCCCAUCUACCAGAACGUCGUCCAGAUCUCGUUUUCCAUCAUCUAUCUUGCGCUGUUCACGGGCGCUGUGAACACGAUUAACGAGGAUGGCGACCUCGACGUUGUCGAAGGCAUCCUUUAUCUGAUGACGCUAGGCUUCAUAUGCGACGAGUUUGCCAAGUUCUGGAAGGUUGGAUUGUGGUACUUUGGGUUCUGGAAUGCAUUCAACAACUUCCUGUACGCGUUGCUCACAGCAUCAUUCGUCAUCCGCAUGAUGGCGCUGGCUCACUCGCCCGAGGCAAGUGACGAACGGCGGGCCGAGCUCAACAAGCUAGGCUAUCAUAUCUUCUGCUUCUCCGCCCCGAUGUUCUGGAUGAGGCUGUUACUGUACCUCGACACGUUCCGCUUCUUUGGGGCCAUGCUGGUAGUACUCAAAGUCAUGAUGCGCGAAUCCAUCAUCUUCUUCGCUUUAUUGGUCGUGGUCUGCGUGGGCUUCUUGCAGGCCUUUAUCGGUCUCAACCAAGUGGAAGGGAACAGUUCGAUCACGUCUUUUAUCCUGACAGCCAUGGCCAAUUCGGUCAUGCAGUCACCUGAAUUCGACGGAUUCGACGACUAUGCCCACCCGUUCGGGCUGAUCUUGUACUACAUCUUUACCUUCGUCGUCAUGGUCAUUCUCCUCAACAUCCUGAUUGCGCUAUACAACAGCGCAUAUGAGGACAUCACAGACAAUGCCAUCGACGAGUACAUGGCCAUGUUUGCGCAAAAAACCCUACAAUUCACCCGGGCUCCGGACGAGAAUGUUUUCAUCGCUCCCCUGAAUCUCAUCGAGCUCUUUUUUCUGAUCAUUCCGUUCGAGUGGUGGAUGGACAGGUACCACUACGGAAGACUCAACGACUACGUCAUGGCCGUCAUCUACUCGCCCCUGCUCCUCGGCACGGCCGCCCUGGAAGCCAGAGAGGCACAGUCGGUCCGGAACAAUCGUAAGCGAGGCGAAGAGGACGACGACACCGUCGAAGAGUGGGAAGAGUUGGAGGACGAACUGGACUUUGAAGCUGAAGGCUGGGAGAAGAAAGUCCGUACCACGAAACCCAUCGUCGAGGUCGAUACCGAUGUUCAGGAGAUUCGACAGCUCAAGGAACAGGUCAAAGAGCUUCACCAUAUGAUUAGGGCUUUGAGCCCGGAAGUUGGGAGUGAUGGGAAGUGA